AUGGAGAUAGAAGUGGUGAAGUGCGAGUGUUGCGGGCUGAAAGAAGAGUGCACAGAAGAGUACAUCAACAAGGUGAAGGCCAAAUUCGAGGGGAAGUGGUUGUGCGGAUUAUGCUCGGAAGCGGUGAGAGAUGAAGUGAAGAAGCAAUCCGAAACAAUCACACUAAUUGAUCUGAAUUGCUUAGCUAAUGAUAGGUUUCAAAAGGAUUCAAUGGAAGAAGACAAGGACAGGUUAGUUGAAACAGACCGACUCGAAAGGGGCCUGCUACUGGACCGCGCCCCGGAUUCCGGUCAGUUCAACAACGACGAUGACGAAGAGCUGCCGCCCCUCUACAUAGCGUCGUUUUCCGAAGCCGAAGAGAAUUUGGUGAAAUACCAGACGGCGAGGUGGCUUCUCUACUAG